CUUUAGGAGGUACGGGCGAAUGUCGUAUUACUCCGGCGACCAUUUUUGUGAGCUCGCCGUUCGCUCCACGGCUCCUUCGUGCGGCGAGCAGCGGACGUCGUACCGACGUGCGGCACGUGGCGGUUUCGCGACGGCCUAGGCAAAGAGAGAGAGAGAGAGAGAGAGAGAAAGAAAAAAGAAAGAUCGAGACGAAAGAGAAGCGUUCCGUUCGUCGAAUCGAAACGCCCGCGGACGUUGUAUACGGACGGACUCGCCGACAUGUCGCCGACGAUCCGCUCCCUCGAGACCGCGCCGCGCAAGGAACGUCCCACGGCGGAGUGAUAGUUCCCUCGGACUCGCGCGAGUGAAAGGGGGUGGAUUCCCCAAUACUCCCUGGCACCCUCCCCCUCCGCCGGAGAUAGAGGCGCGUCGCAUCUCGCCCGGUUGCGCCGACGGAGUCCCGCGCGUCACGUCCCGCGGCGGUGGCUCGCGCGAGAGCGUUUUGCUGCCCCUCUUACUAUGCGGCAGCUCGGCCGGGUCCCUCUCUCUCUUUCCCUCCCCGUCGGACGUGCCGCGUGAUACAUUAAUUGACAAUUGACGAAGGAAAAAGGCUGGCCGUUUCUCGCCCCCGGAUCCCUCCACCGAUCGGCCGCGACAAUGGCUGCGACCUUCGAUCAGUAUGACAAGUCGAGCUGGUACUUUGGUGCUAUGUCACGGCAGGAUGCGUCCGACUUGUUGAUGGGCGAGAAAGAAGGCGGUGUAUUUUUAGUGCGAGACAGCACCUCCAUACACGGCGAUUUUGUACUGUGCGUACGGGAGGACAGUAAAGUUAGCCACUACAUCAUCAAUAAGAUCCAGCAGGGGGAUCAGAUUCGUUAUCGGAUCGGGGAUCAGAUGUUUCCGGACAUCCCGAGUCUCCUCGCCUUCUAUAAGCUUCACUACUUAGACACCACACCGCUAAUUAGGCCAGCGCCAAAGAAGACGCAGAGGGUAAUUGCCAAGUACGAUUUUGAAGGCAACGACUCGGAAGACUUACCCUUUAGGAAAGGUGAUAUACUUACUGUAAUAUCGAAAGACGAAGAGCAGUGGUGGACGGCGAGAAAUAGUGUCGGCCAAACUGGUUCGAUACCCGUGCCGUACGUACAGAAGUACGACGACGAUAGUCAUAUGAUAAUAGAGAAUAACUCGCGGCCUGAGAGCGGCGGCAGUUCCGGCUCCAACUCGAAUUCAGGGCCUACGUCGCAGGUGCCUCACGCGGAAACGACGGGACAGGCGACCAUAACGCGAAGAUCGAACAUUCAGAGAACACUGCCGGCCUUUGCCAAAGUGAAACAGGCGAGGGUGCCGAACGCGUACGAUAAAACCGCGCUAAAAUUAGAAGUAGGUGACAUGAUAAAAGUGACAAAGACUAAUAUCAAUGGCCAGUGGGAGGGUGAAUUGCACGGCAAGGUCGGGCACUUCCCGUUCACGCACGUGGAGUUUGUAGAUAAUGAGACUGGUGAAGACAAUCAGGAGAUUUAACAGAAGUUCCCCGAGCGUGGUGUGCGCCACACGUGCGGCACGAAGGGAGAGACGCCUCCUGUAUUAUCAAAAUUUAGGGUUACUAUUGACAUAUAUUCUAUGUGCCAUUUCAAAGACGCAUAUACGCCCAAGUCUGAACAACUGUACCUCUUACAUUGCUGCAUAUGAUAUACUGUAAGAAUGAACUUCCAAACUUUGUGCAAUAUGUUGAAGUGUAAGAAAUGUUUAGAGAUGUGCGUGAGCAUCUCUGCAGUAUGUUAAUUUAGUCACACGCCACUCCAUCAUUUUAUAUUGUACGUUGCUAAUUUCCCAAAGCACAAGCAUAAUCUUACAAAGUUAUUCUUAGAUGUAGUAUAACAUAUUAAUUGUAUAUGUUAGUACGAUUUUAUUUUACGAAAGAUUAAAACCACGUUUCGGUGAAGUAGCGGACAAAAUGAUUUUUGUAAGGAAACAGUAUUUAUUAGAUAUAUACUCUGACAUGUACUAAAUGGUUUUAUAAUUUACAGUCGUACAUGUAGCUAGGCAUGUUACAUAUAUAAUACCCUACAUUUUUCUUAUAUAGAUAUUAAUGUAACGCACUAGUUUAAUAUUCACGUAUGUAUAAGUUUUUAUUGUUUAUUCAGAAAUUUAUUAGUGCUCGAGAGAUGAACGGUUCGGUACAUGCCCAGUUCUUCAUCUACACUCAAUGACCUCUCAUCAUGGAUUUGUUGAUUUUAUAGAAGAUUAUCGAUAGAAGUAAUUUAUCACAUUUAUUUAUGAAUAUUACAGUAGAAAAGAAAGCAUGUGUGUGCUCUUUAAAAUGUUUUGUUAGCAAAUACCACAGUUAUAUAUUCCUAAAGUUGUGGAAUGGUAUAUUCUGCUCUGAAUAUACGAUAAUAUUUUCUAGUCAUAAGUGACUAUGAUAAAAGCAUACUGUAUAUACUUGCUUGACAUUAUUUCAUUUUACUAUUAUUAACACUCCCGAAAGAAAUGCUCGAGGUAUUGAAAUAUUUCGUAAGAAGUACAGUUGUUCGGUAGGCUAUGAAACCUCGAUGCCAUGGCACAUACAAUAUCUGUUAGCCAUAGGUUGUGCCACCAGUUGGAACAGCACGUCGUGUUAGAGAGUUGUAUUUAUAUAUAAUGAUGGAAAGGUUAAUUGUAUCAGAAAGUUGUUCACAAUUACACAGGAUACUGUGUAUGAUUAUUGGGAAUUAUUUUAAUAGCAGAUUCUUGUGUUUCCAAUGGAAUUUUCAUUGGGAACAAAUAUAUAUUCUAAAAUUGUCAGCGUAUCGACUAUUCAAGUACUGCUAUUGAAAUAAUGGUGAAACACCUUACGUGUACCGGGAUUAUACAUUGAAAUCUCAUACAUUGUGUAAUAUAUUUGCUAUUUACAAAAGAAAACAAACUUGUACUAUUGAUUACAUUUGUUGUUUUAUUAUAUUUUUGCAAUAUAAUUUUAGAUAAUGAUACGUGAUAUAUUCCACUAUUGGGACCUUUUUUUUUUACUUACUAUGUGCAUUUGACAUUUCCAUCAUAAUCAUUAACAUCAUCGUCAUCAUCAUUGUAGUCACGAGUUGCAUAAGUUCUUCAUAAAAUUCUUCCUAAAAUUGUGCGCAGUAUUAAGAUAAACAAAACUGGGAGUAUUCCAUAUCAAUGAAUGCGUUCAGGCAAGAUUCUCUUCCGUUUAAACAUACGACAAAGUAUAAAAUGGUCCAAUUUAUAUAUACAUAUAUUUUUUUGCCAAUUUUGAUAUGUGAAGUAAGGCAAGCUGGAUAACAGAUAAUAGGCAGUUUCUUUGGCAGCAUCACGAGGAUCGUGUAUUUGUAUGAGACAAGGUUUGGAACGUGCCAUUAUGUAUAUUUUAUCUUUAAUUACCAAUAUUCCAAUGACAGAUGGUGCUUAAAUGGAUUUCACCAUAAGACAUUAUAUAGUGAUAUCGACAAAUGUUUAAAUGUUUAAGUAAUUUACAGCGUAUAUUUUCACACGGUAGUUAACUCGAUUGUUAUGUAUAUUAAUUUGAGAAGCUUCUAUUAUAAAUCUCGUCAAUUGUAAGGAAAAUCACGAUUACGUUUUCACAUGCAUGACCCAUUAAAGCAAAUUCAUUUGUACGUACGACAUAUACACGAGACAAAUUUAAAUAUGACAAGGAUAUAGUAAUGUAUAUUUUUCUAUAAGCGUAUGCACAUAUUUUUUGGUUUUUCUGAUAGCGAACCGAUUUCGUAAAUAAAAAAAUACAAUAAUAAAUGAUAAGAUUAAUAAUCAUUUAGAUAAAUAUAUAUUUGUGUUGUAAUUUAUAAUAGAUUGUAAUAAUGUAAACAUUCAAUUAUAGUACUCAAUAAUAAAUGAUUACGUAUGUA